CUCGUCAAAGAAUGUGUACAUCCCAUAGUAAACAGAUGCCUACAGAAAUUCCGGGGUUUAUCAAACUGAACAUUAUCUGAUCAGACUCAUUGCCCAAUACGGGACCAGAUUCAUGCUGCUGUGCAUCAGUCCCGGCUUCAGAAGUGAACUGUCACAGAGACAAGUCUGUAACCUUGUGAUCACCUUGCAAACAUCAUGACGCUGAGGUCCAUUUAAAGACACUGUACAGCUGUGAUGUUGAGUGAAUUAGACACUGUUAUUAACAAUAACAUGGUUGUAAGUUGGUUGUCGACAGGUGGGACGUGGUUUAAAACCGUUUCAACGCAUCGCUGCCCGGAGUCAAACGGGGACACUGUGACCUGACUGACAGCGGCUCGUUGGGACCUGAAAACAUUGUUAUACAUUUGUGACCGCGAAGAAACAGCCUGCAACCUGCUGCCCCCGCCCUCAAGGUGCCUUUAUCAUGGUGACACUAAAAGAAUCAUACAUUUUACAAUAAGCCAGAGGAAAAACUCUUUGUUACAGUUGCAUUGCCUCACUUUCAGCACAAACGUAUUAAACAAUUUGCUCCCAAGACGGCGUUAACCCAGCGCAGCCAUGCAUCUAGAAGUGAAGGUUGCCCUCAACUUCAUCGUGUCCUAUCUGUACAACAAGCUGCCUCGCCGUCGAGCUGACCUGUUCGGCGAGGAGCUGGAGAGGAUACUGGUGUCUCGUUUCGAGGGCCACUGGUACCCCGAAGCCCCUCUCCGGGGUUCUGCCUUCCGCUGCAUUCACCUGGGAGCGCCGAGGGACCCCGUGGUGGAGUUGGCCGCCAAGAGAAGUGGGCUGGACACGGAGGAAGUGCGUGCAAAUGUUCCCGCAGAGCUCAGUGUGUGGAUCGACCCUUACGAGGUGUCCUACCAGAUUGGAGAGAAGGGGGCAGUGAAGGUGCUCUACCUGGAGGACCCACCAGGCCUCGGCUGCGACAGCGAGAGGGCCGAGGGGGUGAUCAGAGAGGGUAAAGGAGAUGCAGAGGCGGAGGAGGCCAAGAAUCUGGGCUUCAACCCAGACGCUCAGGUGUUCGUGCCAAUUGGAAGCCAGGCGUCUCCUGCCCUCAUGCCGUCGCACUCCAGCUCUCCCACACCCCUGUCUGCCCAGUCCUGCCCCGGGCUCUUCAGCUACCCGAGCUCCAGCACACCCACCGACCCCGCCGCCCACUCCUCCAACACCUCCACCCCUUCCCCUCCCAGCGGCGGGCUGCCCUACCUCGCCACUCAGCAGCCGCCCUCCGCCCUCCCCGCCGCCCGCCCUCAACCCAUCACCUUCACCACCGCCAGCUUUGCCGCCACUAAAUUCGGCUCGACCAAGAUGAAGAAGUGCAGCGGGGCCGGGUCGCCAGCCAGCUCUGGAGUUGUCGUGCCACCCGCCCAGAGAAUGCUCUCCCGUUCUCCCACCACCAUCGCGACACCAGAGCUGCUCAAGCACAAGCCGCUGUCUCUCUCCUUGCACUCCCUCGGAGGCCCCAUCCCCAGCCAGCUCUCCCCCAACGCCAAAGAGUUUGUCUACCCAGGAUCCCCAGGCCCCCUUUACUUCGAUGCCGACACCCAGCCCAUGCAACCCCGCGCCAGCCCUUUCCAGCCCCCCCACACUGUCAACACCCAUCCGUCCUUUGACCCCUUCUCCAGCCCUCCUCCUGCCCAGAGCGUGGGCAUCAUCGGCAGCAACGGAGGAAUCUCUUACAUGGAGAAGCCGCCAUUUGUCGAGGGUUUAGGAAGCUACAACCUGCAAUAUCCCAGCCAGUCCUUCCAGCCUGUUGUGCUGGCCAACUAAGCCUUCAUUUGUAACCAGAAGAGUUGUCGUAGGAGGCGUUGGGUGUUAGGACAGUGAUGCUCCUGAUAUUUUCAGUUUUUCUAAGAAGUUGUUCUAAUACUAAUACAAGUUAAGAGUUAGUUUUACUACAAAGAUUUACAAUAUCACAUUCACUGAAUAUUUCAUGUGAUUUGUUUUGUUCCUCCAUAACCCCCAAACCCCACCCUGCCCCCUUUUGUCCAUUGCUGUUACUCGUCACGUUCUGUGUGUUGGCUUUGAUGACAGGAGUGGGUGGGGUGUUGAGUUCCUUUCUACCUUGAGUCCUUGCCAAUCUCUUAUGUUUAUUGUUUUGCAUCGAAUGUUAAUGUGAGAGACUUCUUUUUGUUUUUUUUCGACUUGUAGUCUAAUGGACCCGGCUCUAGUAUAGCUCCAUUUUGCACUGCACUGUCAUGCUGUGAAAAAGGACCUCGCCAAGUCCUGCAGGGAACGACGGCUGUGGAAAGCUCAGCACUUUGCUCUGCAAUCUGCUCUGCCCUACUUGCCACAAAUACAGAGAAGGGGGGCUCUGCUGUCUCUGUGCGUGUAGUCCUGUUCUGUUUUGUUGUGGCUCAGCGUGAUCGAGAGACUCAUUGUUUGUACAUCGGGCCCGUUACCCUUGAAACGCACUCAUGCACAGGCACAAUUUGACUCUGUUGUUGUCAGUGGGCGCAUAUUGAAAGCAGUUUAUCGUCAGCUGGAAUGUGCACAUGACAUGGGUUUCAAAUGAAGUCGGAGCGGUGGAGGGAGCAGAGAGGGAGCGUCGGGGUGUUUAGGGAGUGAUGUAGUGGAAUGUAUUGUACCUGUCAGGGGAAGCUGCAGCUGGGAAGGUCAGGGAAACCUUGGUGAAUGUGAUAGGCAAAUGCAUCUUUGUGUUUUAAGACAAUAACCAUGUGCUGAUACCUCAGUUCUAUACACACAGGGAUGCAAGUUAUGGUUUCGCACAUGUAUUCAAACUGGCACGCACAUACACAGAAAUACGUGCACGUACAACACAAUUCCAGUCAGCGGUGUGUGAAGGUGAACAGGCGGAGAAGGAGGUGAGGGGGAGGGGAUGCAGCCGCUAAGCAGUAGGGAUUGUGAUAAAUGGCUUAACAUGACUUUGACUAUGAAGGAGAGGUUUUCCUCUGCAUGAGAGGGAGAGGGAGAGGGGGAGACAGAAGGAAUUGAAAGAGAGAGAAGAAGCAGCAGCAGCAGCAGCAGCAGCAGCAGCAGCAGCUAGAGGGUUCUGUUGCCUUGGUGGCGUCCAGAGCGUAUUGGCUUAGAGAGCGACACUUUAAUACCCAGAGCACGUUUCUGGUGAGCUUAAAUGGUAUUGAAGCCAAAAGCUCACACUAUUCUCUCCCUCCUCUUGAAAUUCUUCAACGAUAUCUGCUUCUGUGGCUGCUACAAAGAAAAACCAGAAUCAUAGAGAUCAGGUUGCUCUGUCUCUAUUCCCAGUUGCGGUCAUGUGGACAAAGAUACAAAGACGAAUGUUCUUUAUUGAUGUGUGGCUUUUGUCACUUUAUUGCAUAGCCUGUCAGAUCUCUGAAAGUCUGUUGUUUGAAACGUCUGUUUACCAGUCGGGUCCAUGUGAUUGUUGGUUAGUCGCCACAGGGAAGGGUAAACCCCCACCCCCCACACCCAACUUGUCCAUUUGAACUGUCCAGCACUUUAUUACUGGGCUCCUGAUGCUGUGUGUUGUGCACAGACAUGAGCGCUUAAAACCAUUCCUUUGCCCUCUGUUUGGUUAAGGCACAUUUUGAUUCUGCUGUCAUGAAAUGCUUUAGAGAUUCAAACACAAGCUAAAUUUGUAUGGAACCGCGUCUCGCGGGUGUGGAAGAUGCCGUCAGUCAUGUCCGUUUAUUCGAAUGUUUUCCAGACUUUUACCCAUAAAUGUUUUUGUAUAAGAUGACCCGAGGACCCUUGACUUGUGCCCACGCUGGUAUUGCGAUGUGACAGCUUGUCAUAUGCAUGCAAGUUUUAUUUCUUUUUCUUUUUUUUCUAAGGGAAUAGGUGGGGGAUACACGUCUCUGUAAAUGCUAUGAUUGUGAGGGAAAGAUGCAUUUCUAAUUUUUGUUUUGUAAUUUAUUUCCAAUAUUUCUAUAUUUUUGUUUUUUGCAAAUUAUCACUUAACAUUUGUAUGAGAAAGACAUGACUGGAGUCCAGGAAUAUGUAUAUAUAAAAAGUUCUUAUGUUCAGAUUCUUUGUUUAGUUUCUUACAUGCUGAGGUUAUUUUUUCAGAAAAUAACAUGAAUAUAUGCAAACUGAGACAAAAAUAAAGAUGUACAGAAUAAAGUAUUGAAUGUGUAUUGUAUCUUGUACAGCAUUUGUCUAAUAAGACGGGUAAAUGUAUUCAUUCUUCAAGUUGGGUUUGGAGUUCAAGACGUGAAUGUUUACAGUGGGUUUGUGUAGGAAAAGAUGGCUGAUUAUCACUUUUUCUGUGCUCCCAGGGCAGUCUGACAACACUACUCCCAUAAGGCAGUACAUUUAAACCAAAAAUCUCCACGUUUUACAUUCAUUUUUGAGUGCAAUGUCCACCCUCCGUCUUUAUGUGAAUUUCAUGUGGUUACCCUUGGUGUUUCUUUUCUAGAAAAACUGUCUUUGAUUUUUUUUUUCUCUCUCUCUCCCCCUCCCUUUUUCCUUUCUUUAAACGGCUUCACAUCAGCAUUACUCACCAACAGUAUUUUCAUCUGUAUGCCACUACAGUAUCUAAACCCACAUAUACCUGCCCUCCUUAUAUAUUUCCCAUCAAAUUUUACUUUAUCUCACCUGCACUGUUUUGUUUUUGUUUUUUUUUUUAAUCACUGGGUCAUCUUCUCCCCAUCAGCCUGGAUCCUUUGGUCCUGAUACUAUAGCCAUAUCCCAGACUGUCUUUGCUUACACAGAUGCUCACCCUUCUCCAGUGCAAUGUAACGCCAUAGUUUAAAUUACCCUGAAGGAUUCAAGGGGUUUCUACCUCUCUGCACCCUGGAAAAAAAAGUAGAUAUAUAUCUCUUCUUCAAUAGGAAGACAGUGUUAACGGCAGGUUUGGAACGAUGAAGGAAAUGAAUGUGCUGUGAAUGUGAUUCUGAUCUGAUGUUAGUCGAACCCUGGUUGAGAGGGCCUGCAGAAAAUAAAACAGAAGAAACAGCAAAUUUUAUUGUGUUUAAAAGUCUUGGAGAGAUUUUUAGUCACAUGCAUGUCUGAAUUUUUUUUUCCCCUCCCCACAUUUGUCAGAUUAUUCAAAAUGCAGAACGAGGUUGUGUUGUUAAAUUUCUUCUGCGUGCAAAUCUGGCUUGUGAGGAGAGAGAUCUGAGGAUGUGAGCGAUGAUCGUAAAAGCUGGUUUUACCCUCACAUCUUUAAGAAUGAAUGCUCGGUUUGUGUUUUGCACUUGGAAAGAGAUUAGACAGUGUUUUAAACGCACCACAGAUCAACUCUAAAUGCAGGCUGUUCUUCAAUCAGGGUUGAACAUUAAUGGAGAGGAACAACAAGAAUUUUGUAUUCUGAUGUCCUUUGCUUAUAUCAAUAUGUGCAUUUUAUUUUGCACUUUGGAAUAUUUCAUUGUCAUAAAAGAAGUUUAUUUUCUAUGUAAAAUUUAACAUUUAAGAGUAAAUAGAUAUAAUUAAAAGUUCAGAUGAUGUAUAAAUAUAGUGCUUUCUUUCCUGCCUGUAUUUUAUUAUUUUUCCUAUUUUGUAUCUGAUCUGUACACCCUGUAGAUGUAUAAUGAAUCUUUCACUACUGAAAUGCAAUGACCUGUUUUCUGUGCUGCCCCUUGGGAAUGGGGAGUUACUACUGCAGUUUCUUAUUGUAUCAGAUUCUUUUUUAAGUUUGUAAUAAAAACAGAUUGGCAAAAAUGAGCAUGGAAAAUAA